UCCAUGGUGGCCUCAAUGGGGCGGAGUAGUGUAGGCUGUGCUGCUGUGAAACGAGUUAGCUGUCAUUUUGGUAAGGUUUAUCAGAAGAGGCGGAUAGACACCGCGGGCCAACUGUGGGCACUGGCGGUGGUAAUGAAACACCAAAGUAGUCUGAACGGCCGUUACGGAGAAGUAUAGUGAUUGAUGGAGUCCGGAGACGUAUGAUGAAGGCCGGCCAGAGGGUGAUGCUCCAUCUCUGGCUAUCCCCCUACUUUCUUACGUUUUUGUUGUUUUCAGGGAUUCUCGCCAGAACCGCACUUGGAUUUAAUAAUAUUACCAAUGGGUACUACACUGAAGGCAGAAAUACGACACAUUCUAGUGUUGCAUCUUCUUAUACCAGGAACGAAGAGCACGGAGAGGUGAGGAUCACCUGGGGCAUCUCUACGCAAGGUACCAGUGCCACCACUUUGGUGACAGAAGGAAAUACAACACUGACAUUUGUGGCUACAGAGGAGAAAACGACGGGAACCGGUGGAACAGAACCAUUAUUAGCUUCUUCGCAAUUUAGGACGAGUGUUGCUGCGUCUGUCACUGAACUGGGGCAGUUUACUACCGCAGCAACAGAAAAGGUGACAAUACCUGCAACAACAGAAAAGGUGACAAUACCUGCAACAACAGAAAAGGUGACACCAUCGACUACAACAGCAACAGUUAGAACUGUAGCGGCAACCGUAUCCACAACAAGUACGGCACCAACAACGUUUGGGGUAGCUUCCACUACCCCACCUUCCACCACAGAACCUUCAUCAUCAUCUUUUCCUAGCACUGCAGGCGAAACCACUUCCCUGUUGAUCGAUACAACUAUUCUCAGCACAGUCCUAACCAGCAAGUCACCUGCUGUCACUGACAUAGACAAUGAAAUCGAGCGCAAAGGCUACGUGUGUAACUGCAGUAGUACUGGAAGUACGAAUGUGCAUCAAUGUAAUGCAACAACAGGCCAGUGUCAAUGUUUCCAUGGCUACAGUGGUAAACAGUGCGAAGUAUGCGAAGAUGGAUUUUAUCACAACUCCACAACGGGACACUGCCUCCCCUGUAACUGCAGUACUCUAGGAAGUAUCAACUCAUCUUGUAAUAACUCAGGAAGGUGUCAUUGUAAAGCUGGAACAACAGGCCUAAAAUGUGCUGAGUGUAAAGAAGGGUUCUUCAGAUUGAAUGAGUCAGAAUGUGUACCCUGCCAGUGCAACAACCAUUCAGAACAAUGUGAUGCAUUAACAGGCGCCUGCUUGAACUGUCAAGGUAACACCAAGGGAGCUCGCUGUGAAGAGUGUCAGUCCAAUUUCUUCCGAAUACCUAAUGCAUCCAUUGCAGAUGACUGUAAGCAGUGUCCCUGUUCAUCAGUGACAUCUACAGAGAGUUGCCAUAUAGAGUCCUAUGUCCCAGUGUGUGACAAAUGUAAUCUUGGAUAUACAGGUCCAAGCUGCAAUGUUUGUGACAAUGGGUACUACAGUGCUGACAGCUUAUGCACCCAGUGUAACUGCAGUGGGAAAGAGAACCCUAACCAAGUACCAGUAUGUGAGUCUGAGACAGGCCGAUGUCUCACAUGUACGAGCGGUACCACAGGCUUUCACUGUGAGAACUGUAUGGAGGGUUAUAUCAGAGACCCAGGAACAGGAGACUGCACAGUUGAAGAAAUAUUUACCACUAAUUUACCAACUUCUCAGAGUCCAUCCACUGUUUCCACUUCAAGUUCAACCUUAAAAACAGAUACUACAGCACCACCAGUGACAAACAGUACAGUUUUAACAAGUUUCCAGACAGUCUUUUCUACUGCUACUAAUACUUUGGAAAACAGUACCUCCACUUUGGCUGAUGUCUCAUGGACUCAGUUUAACAUCAUCAUUUUGACAGUCAUUAUAGUGGUUGUGGUGCUGCUUAUGGGAUUCGUAGGUGCUGUUUAUAUGUACCGUGAACAUCAAAACAGGAAACUCAAUGCACCAUUCUGGACCAUUGAACUCAAGGAAGACAACAUAAGUUUUAGUAGUUAUCAUGACAGUAUUCCUAAUGCAGAUGUAUCAGGAUUGCUAGAGGAUGAUGGUAAUGAAGUGGCACCCAAUGGACAGCUGUCGCUAACAACUCCCAUGAACAGCUUUAAAGUAUGACACCUACUACAGUCGAACAGUGAACCUUUCCAAGUUGGAAGUUUUAGCAUUGGCAGGCAUCUUGUCUGAUAGCUUAAACAUCUAAUGUAAUGACCUAAACAGGGUACUAAAAGUGGCUUCCAACUGGAGUAGCUCGUUAGUACAGUAGCUGAAAUGAGAACUUUUUUGCACAUUUUAGGUAAAAGAUUGUCAAGAACCCUCCCAGCACUUGACACAGGUGAGCCUGAUUGUAAAUAUAAUCUAUCUGCACUGCAUGUACGGGAUUGAGGACUGUGGGUAAUAUGACUGAAAUGAAUAUAUUUUUCUACAAAGUAGCAUAACAGAGCACAGGGUCUAGCACCUCUACCCAAGUCAUUUCGAACUAAAGAUUCAGCUGCAGUAAUGUAUUUGCAAGCAGCUAGAUUUUGCUGCCCUGUUUCAACAGAGUACGAGGUAUGUGGAGUAGCACAUCAUUUUAAUUUAGCAAACAAAACAAAUCCCUUAAUUCUUAAUCUUAAAUGUCACUGCAGCCCUUCUUUUGGGACAGAAUUAAUUUGAGCGUACUGUGGGUAGAAAAAGAGAAAGCAGAAGUCACUUUUUUGUAUUGUGAUUUUUUUUUAUUUAUAAAAAUAAUAAGGGAUACAUCUUCCAAAUGAUAAUUAAGAGAAAUUGACUUUUGAAGACAUGAGAGCAACUGGAAAUAUGUCUCAGGGCCAACAUAUGUAUGUAAAGUUUGUGAUGUCAUCCUGUUACAUGAGAAGUGACAAAACCUGCAACAUUUUUGUCUACUUUAUGCAGAAAAUCAUCUACUAAAGACAAUUCUACUUUUUUCCAUUUAGAAAAACAAAUUUCAACAUCAUGUGUAGCUGACUUGUUAACUGUCUUACAGGGAUAAAGGAAAAAUGCCACUAUCUAAGUUUGUGAAUGAUUUCUGUUGGCAUCACUCACCACAUCCACUUACCUAAACCUCUGUGUAUUAGCAUAGAUAGCUUGUAUAAGUUAAUGUAUCAGAACCAUUUUUCCUGUCAGUAUGGGAUGGUGAAAUGUCAGAUAUUUGCAUAAUGUGCCUCUGUGACUUCAUUUGUUAUAUUUUCAAAAAAAUGCAUCUACAGUGGUACUGUGUGCCCAUUGAGAUGACUUACACCCUUCAUUCCUGUUGACAGACAUUAUGUGAAGGCAACCUUUAAGUCCCUUUAAUCUUGCAGUAAUUCACACAAGUUUGCACCUUCUCUCUACACUGCUGCACAGUAAAUAGUCAGCAAAGUAAAUAUUGUUCAGUACCAUAUUAAAUAGCCAUGUGUUAUUUCCCAGUUAUUCCUACAUAGACUUGACACAUAGAGUAAAUGUUAGCCAACUUUUAGAAAAUAUACUGUUUAAUGGUACUCUGAAGAAGUUAGGCACAAGGCUAAAUGGUGAAUAGCAGGAUUAUUUACCAUGCAAGUGUCCAUCAGUAGUAAAUUUCACAAAGUGCGCUACAGCUGCCUUGUUUUUCUAUACUGCUUUUUAAUAAUGUUGCUGUUGGCUUUAAUUAAAGUUUUAAACAAAGGGAACUGUGUACAGAGAAAUAAGCAUUUCUCUGGGUCUGAUCUCUUAACCUGUAUGCUGUAAACAAUAUGUAAAUAUGUAUAAAAAACGAGAGAUAGAUAGAAUUUUACCUUUUCCUCAGUAGGAUAGCUACUUAGUUAAUUCCUUUUUGAAGUUGUAGGGUACUAGACUGGAAGUAAGUGCUAGCUAGCUAGCUUAUACAAUAUAUUUGUACACACACAUAUGCACAAAAUAAUUUAAGGCUGAUAUCUGCACUUGUUUGACACAGUAAUGGCUGGAGUGUGUGUGUGUACAUCUGUGUGUUACUGAGUGAUUGGUAUAAUUAUUUUCAAGACACAUAUAUUUGUUGUCAUCUUUUGCAAAAAUGAGAUACUGUGGUCGAUGGCUGUUCACCUACAGACAACAUCCCUCCCUUUGUGUUGCCAUUUGCCGGGUUAAAUAUCUAUUCUGUGCACUGCAUUUGUCCCCCUAUUUCAGUGUCUAAUCUAGGUCUCUUCCUGUUAAUAAGAAUGCCUCUUUCAUGAGCAGCUGACUGGUAGUGUUAGAUCAUGUGGAUGUUGAAAAUAAACUAUUGAUAUCAGUGUUUCUGACACAUUACAGCAGUAGAAGUUUUCAUUGUAAUAAAGACAGACCCAGAAAAAGGAUGCAAAGUAAUGACAUUGAAGUUCCAGUGAUUUUACAGCUUGUUUAAACAUUCUGUGAGCUGCUGCUUUUGUAAUAUGACAGAGACAUAUAUAAAAAAGAGCAUUAUUGACAUGA